ACAAACAUAAUGCUGGUUCUUUUUGUUAGACAAAAGUUGAUUUUCCUGUUUUGAAUUAUAUAUGUGUUACACAUGCUGAUGUGUCAUUUUACUUCAAUUUGCAUGGAACAUCCAUCAACGUGACCGAGAUAAUGUGUUUAUUCUCAUAAAUUUCUCUUCUUGCAGAAUAGAAAACGAACAGGAUCUAGGAAUUCAAUUUAGUUGUGCUUAAGCUGUGAAAGAAACAUGAAUACCUUAAACUACGUUCAGAUUUUAUUUUGCCUAAUGAUAAUGUUUGUCAUUAUUUUAGGCAGUUUACUUAAUUAUUUUGAGAAGUAUUUACCCAUUUUUAUCGUACAAAUUUAUCGAUACGGUAAAUUCUCAUAUACCGGGAAAUCUUCUUUUAUCAAACCAAUUCAAGUACCAAAAGCAUGGUUUAGACAUUUCUAUGUAUAUUCAACUAUAUUGGUACCUGCAACAUUAUGUUUAACAAUAGCUUCAUAUUAUUUUAAUAUAGAAAUUCCUCAUUGGAUUAUUUAUGUAUUAGAUCUUACUGGGGGUUAUUAUCGAGAGCCUGCUGUUACUAAAAAUCAUGUUUUAUUAGCACUGACUUUGCUAAGCAUCCAAUGUCUAAGAAGAUUUUAUGAUACUCAAUUUGUAUCAGUUUUUGGGGAAAAAAGCAAAAUGGAUUUAUCUCAUUAUUUAGUAGGUUUUAUACAUUACACUGCAUGUAUUUUAGCAAUAUUAAUUGAAGCUCCAACAUUUGCUAGAUCAGUUGAUACAUUUGCCUUAAGUUUCAAUGAUUUCAAGUUAAAUGAUUACAUUUUUACUGGUGUAUUUCUUUGGGCAUGUUUGCAUCAAUACAGAGCAACAGUGAUUCUGGCAAACUUGAGGAAAAACAAGAAAGGUGAAGUGGUGUCACAAAAGUAUCAAUUACCUAAAGGAGAUUGGUUUGAUUAUUUAUCAUCUCCACAUUCAACAGCAGAAAUAAUAAUGUACUUCAGUUUAUCAAUUAUCCUAUGGGGCAACAUAACUUGGUUAAUCAUUUUCUUCUGGGUUCUGACAAAUCAGAUUGAAACCAUGUUACUGAGCCAUUGGUGGUAUCAAGAAACAUUCAAAGAAUUUCCUGCAAGUAGGAAAGUUUUAAUUCCCUAUAUUUAUUAAUCUAAGAAAUUUAAAAGAUC